AUGUACGUUUGUGUUUCUACCAAAGUGCCAAGUUCAUGCCUUGGGGUAUCGGUUCGGUCCUUGCCCUGGGAAGGAAAAACAUGGUUACUAUUUAGUGGCCACACACAGAUACGCGCAAAACCCGCUAGUACCAUCGCGUUUGGCAACGCCUGCUCAACCACAGCCACUUUUUUUCUCUUCUCUCCUUCAAGGCCAGCCAGCAAUCCCAAUUGCAAAGAACGCCUUGCAAUCAUCCCAACUCCCCUCUGCCCUACCCAAUCAUACCCCCCCACCCCCUUACAUUGUCCAGCACCACCCCUCUCCAAACCUUCCCUAGCCAACCCACUCCCACCCUCACGAAUCAAACGAGUCAGCACCAAAACCACCGCAUGA